ACACACACACUCCGGUCUCAUCCCGCAGCCAAUAAGGGCCUGAUGAGCUCAAGUAUCACUAUAACACAAGGACUUAUUCUCUGAGCCGAGCCUGCAGAUUCUAACAGACCUUCAUCUUCAUCGUCAGAGGAGCUUCUCGUCCCCUCUGAGGUGUGAAGUCUGCUGUCAACAUGUCUGACGUCGAGGACUUGGAUCAGGUCGAGGCCCAGGAGGAGGUAGUAGAAGUAGAAGUAGCCCCUGAGGCGGAGGCCCAGGUAGAAGCAGAGCCAGAGGUAGAGCCUGAACCAGAACCAGAACCAGAGCCACAGGUGGUGCAGCGGGUGGUUCAUGAGGAGGAAGAGGCCUAUGAAGAGGAAGAGGGAGAUCAAGAUGAAGAGAAGCCAAAGUUCAAACCCUCUGCUCCGAAGAUCCCUGAUGGCGAGAAAGUGGACUUCGAUGACAUCCAGAAGAAACGUCAAAACAAAGAUCUGAUUGAGCUGCAGUCGCUGAUCGAUGCUCACUUUGAGUGCAGGAAGAAGGAGGAGGAGGAACUCAUCGCUCUCAAAGACAGAAUUGAGAAGCGCCGCGCCGAGCGAGCUGAGCAGCAGAGGAUUCGUUCUGAGAAGGAUAAAGAGCGACAGGCCAGGAGAGAGGCUGAGCGGCAGAGAAAGGAAGAGGCCGACGCCCAGAGGAAGGCCGACGAUGACGCCAAGAAGAAGAUUGCACUGAGCAACAUGGGAUCGGGCUACAGCAGCCACCUGCAGAGGAUUGACCAGAAGAGAGGCAAGAAGCAGACUGAAAGAGAAAAGAAGAAGAAGAUUCUGACAGAGAGAUGCAAACCCUUGAACAUCGACAACUUCAGCGAGGACAAGCUGAGGGAAAAGGCAAAAGAGCUGUGGGAGUGGCUGCACAGCCUGGAGGCUAUCAAAUACGACCACGGUGAGAAGCUCAAGAGACAGCGAUAUGAGGUGAUCUCCCUCAGAAACCGCAUCGAUGAGCUGCAGAAACACAGCAAGAAGGGAGCCGCCUCUCGCCGCAGGAAGUGAGCGGCUCCUCGGUGCCGGUCGGGCCGAGCAGGAGGCGCUUUCCGUCGGCCACAGCAGCGGCUCAGACCCCCCAGAGACACCCACAGCUCCGGAUCGUCAACUGGACGCCUCAGCGCCUGAGUGAAACGGUUUCAGGAUGAAUUUAGAAUAAAUAAGUAAAUGAAAAACAAAAAUAUGACUGCGUUUGUGUAAAGAAAGUGUGACAGUUCAGACAAUAAAAUUAUUGAUCUAUU